AGGAUGAUAAUUUUGUCCACCCCUCGUAUUCGGCUUAUUUUGGACUGAAGUAGUUCAAAUGUCAUCUGUCAGAACUUCUGUCAUAAUUUCCAGAUGGCGGGCCAUAUAACAGAGAUAAAUCCAACUUAUUUAUAAUUUUUUGGACUCUCCCAGCGGGUUUGCUGUUUAUUUACAUCAUAUUUUUAUGUAUUACAAGUUUUAAACUUUAAUAUUAUUGCCUUUUUUGCCGAACACGUGUUCUGGAACACCUAACCUAAAAUGACAACACCACUAGAAUUGACAGCUCGAAGUUCUUCGGGAGUUUAUUUCGCCCGAGGACCGCCAGAAUUCAAGGAAAUCGAAAAUGUCCCGAAAGUUAACAGCAAAUCAUGCAGAAUUAUUUUGUUUAGCAGCGAAGGGAAAUAUUUUGCUUUUACCAACGGACCACAGAUAAAUAUAAUGAACACUGAUAACUGGAAAACAAUUGCAACAAUUGAAAAUACUAAAGCUUAUGAUUUGGCUUUUUCGCCAUUAGGUACAUUUUUAAUGAGUUGGGAGCCUUUUACUGUAAGCAAUGCAAACCCCCAAGGAAGUCCAAAUUUACAUAUUUACAAAACUGCAACUGGAGAGUUAAUUAAAAGUUUUACUCACAAAAAACAAACUAACUGGAAGCCUCAAUGGAGCUCAGAUGAAGAACUGUUCAGCAAGAUGCAGAACACUGACAUUGUGUUCUAUGAGAACCUUAAUUUUGAUAAAAUUGUGGCUCGUGUGAACUGUCAUAAAGUACUUUCCUAUGGAUUAUCCCCGAAUGUAGGGACAUAUUUUCUUAUUUGCCAUACACCAGGCACUCCUGGACAACCAUCUUUUGGCAGAUUAUUUAAAUACCCCAACUUUGACAGCCCACAAGCGAUAGCCAAUAAAAGUUUUUUCCAAGCAGAUAAGUUGGAUGUUAAAUGGAAUUCAAAGGGCAACAAUGCGUUGCUUUUGACCAGUACAGAGGUCGAUAAAACUGGCGGAUCGUACUAUGGCAAACAAGGCUUGCAUUUUAUGGGCGUAAACGGGCAAACAAACUUAAUCACGUUAAGUAAGGAAGGCCCGAUUUAUAGUGUGGAAUGGUCUCCGAAAAAUCAAGAAUUCUGCGUCGUAUACGGUUUUACGCCUGCUAAAGCAACGAUUUUCAACCUAAAAAGCGAACCGGUCUUUGAGUUGGGUACGGGAGCCAAAAACUGUGUAUAUUAUAACCCACAGGGUAACCUUUUACUCCUGGGCGGUUUUGGUAACCUGCAAGGCAUGGUGGAAGUAUGGGACGCCGCCAAUAGAAAAAAAGUGGGCUCCUGCAUAGCCUCCGACACCACUCUGCUGCAAUGGGCGCCAAACGGCGAGCAAUUCAUGACAGCCACGACGGCACCGCGCUUGCGCAUCAGCAACGGUUACAAAAUAUGGCAUUACAGCGGCUCGCUGCUGUUCGAGAAGCCCUGGGUUUCCGGCGAGGAGCUCUACGACGUCGCUUGGAAGAACCACCCGAAAAAUACCUUCAAAGAUCCCGUCAUCAGCGGCAAAAAAGUUGAAGGUAUCGAGCCCAGCGCGCCCGUCGCCUCCACUCAGGCGUACAGGCCGCCAUCUGCGCGGAAUAAGCCCGCCGUCAACUUUAAGCUGCACGAUGACGAGGAGGCACCACACAAGCCGGGGCAAGAUGGUAAUUUAUCAAAAGCUUCUCUAAAACAGAAAAAGAGGAGGGAGGCUAAAAAAGCCCAAAAAGAUGAAAGUGAACCGAUUGGUCCUGGGGUGAAAUCGAACGUUCAAGUGAACUUAACUGGCGACCCUGAAUUAGAUAAGAAACUUAAGAAUAUUAAGAAGAAAUUGGACGCAAUUGAAAAACUAAAAGAACAACAAUCCCAAGGAAAACCACUGGAAGUAAAUCAACUGGCUAAAUUAAAAGGUGAAGCUGAUCUAAUAAAAGAACUUCAACAACUGCAAGUUUAAUUUUUUUGUGAACAGGAUAUAUUUUUGAAAGUCAUGGAAAUAAUUGUUACUAUUUAAACAAUAUAAUUGUUAAUUACAAAAAAGCAUAUUUUGUAAAAAAUAAAUAAUGUUGACUCGAUU